GAGCUGCGCAAAUGAAGAAGACCUGGGUCCUGGAGGAGAAGACCGCUUUGGAGAGAGUGUACAUGUGCACACUGCACGUGCGAUCAACGAAUUUAGACCGCAUGAAGGACGACUUCGAGAUUAAGGGGAGACAGGACAGAAUAUUAGCACAUGUAGUUUUGGCAGGGGCACCUUUCCAUGCAAAGCUGCUUGGUUUAUUGCAGAGGGCAUUCUAUGUUACACACUUCUCAAAUUUCAACUCCCUGCAAAUUACACUUACUUCAUCAUUCACUUGCUUCAAACUUCCUUGUUCAAGAAAUUGUUGCUGCUCUUUCUCCUUUCGCUUGCGCUGUUUCUUCCCAUUCUCUCUUAGUAUUCAUUUCAUUGCAGCUUCAUCAUCUUUUUCCUCUACAUCUUUCUUUUCUUUAUCAAUUUUUCAACUCCCUGAAAUCCCGCUCACUUUAUCAUUCACUUGCUUUGGAAUUGUUUUCUUUUCUUCUACAUCUUUGUUUUUUUCCGAACAAUCAUGGUUGGUCUAUCUGACAUUCCCUGUGUGGGAAAGAUUGUGGACAGGAUAUCCGAUGCAGCAGUUGAUGCAUUAUUUCGUGGAUUCAGUUAUGUGUUUUCUUACAAGAAUCAUGUUAAGGCUCUUGAAACUGAGAUUCAGAAACUUGACACUGAGAUGCAGCGGAUGUCCAGAAGAGUCGGGGAAGAAAAAGAUAAUGGUAAAAUAAUCAAUGCUGGCGUGAGUACAUGGCAGACAGAUGUAGAAGAAGUCAAGAAGAGCGCUGAAGAAAUUUUAGAAAAAUACAAAAACAGAUCUUCAUGGAGGUGUAUUCAGUGGAUGCCUAUUCCUAAACCACUCUCCCGUUCCCGACUGGGUCGGGAGGCAGCACACAAGGCCAAGAGAGUGACGGAACUCUCUGAUUCUGCAAACAUUCUCUUGGCUAAUGAAAUUGCAUAUCUUUCCCCUGUUGAGAAUGCACCAAUUAGUGACACUGUAUACCAAACUUUUAAAUCCAGAAGUGAUGCUUAUGACGAGCUAUGGAAAGCGCUUGAAAGUGAAGGUGGUUCUUCAAUUCUUGGCAUCUAUGGAAUGCCUGGAGUUGGGAAGACGACAAUGAUGGAGAGUAUAUGGAAAGAAGCCCUUGUGAAAAAAAUCUUCGACAAGGUAACUCGGGCAGAUGUGGGCAAUGAAGACUUGGAUGUAUUCAAAUUGCAAAAACAGAUUGCGGACCAUCUGGAUUGCCAUUUAAAUCCGGAAGAUGAUGAGAGACACAGAGCUUCUCAACUGAAAAACAGAUUAAUGAAUGAGGAGAAGAUCCUCAUUAUAUUAGACGAUGUAUGGAGGGAGAUUCCGUUGCAUCGUAUUGGAAUUCCAUUGGGCGAUGGAUAUAGUUCCACUCAUCAUAAGAUCCUUUUGACAUCCCGGAAAAAAAAAGUAUGCAUGGACAACAAGUGCCUGCAUCCGGUAAAGAUUGCACCUCUGGACACCGAUGAAGCAUGGCAAAUGUUCAGGAACACGGUUGUUGCUGAUAACAUUUACCUUCUUCCAGAUGAAUCCCUGGCACAGGAGGUGUGCAAGAAAUGUGGGGGAUUACCCCUCCUAAUUCACGCGGUUGGUAAAGCUCUGCAAUUCACAUCUCAUGAUGUAUGGAAGGAUGCACUUAAUCAACUAGAGAAGGGGAAUUUUGAAAAAAUUGCUGAUAUAGAUCCAAAAGUAUAUGCUUGUGUCAAACUGAGUUUUGAUAAAUUACCCGAUGAUGCCAAGUCGUGUCUUGUUUUGUGUUCCUUGUAUCCUGAAGAUGCCCACAUUUAUAUCAAUAAGCUGAUCCGGCUAGCAACAGGGUCACUGCUGGUACACGGUGGAGAAGCUAGGAUACGUUCUAUGGUAGAGAUUCUCACAUCAUCUUCACUGUUGCUCGACUCUGAAGAUUAUAUGAUAAAAGUGCACGACCUCAUUAGAGACGUAGCUAGAUCCAUAGCUGUCCAAGACCCGAAAUAUUUAUUUUCUUCUGUAAGAUGUGGCUCGCUGUUGCCUGGUGAUGUUGACUAUUGUACUCGGAAAUUCUUACGUUUGCAUCUGGAAAAGAAUGAUAUCUUUUUUCCUGAUGGUCUGGUAUGCCAAGACCUGCAUAACUUGUGGAUACAAUGCAACAGACAUGCACAACAGUUCUUAGGUGACUUCUUUGGUAUGUUUGUCAAUCUCAGAUUUUUAUUGAUUGAAAAUAUGUUAUUUUGUUUGGAGCUGCGGUUCUCUCUACGGCCCUUGGUUAAUCUCAGGACCUUAAUGUUAGAUGGUUGUCAGAUGACUCAAACAAAUGCUAAUUUUUUCCCAGAAAACCUGGAAACUCUUUGCAGUUGGAAUUGCAAUCUCCCACAGCCACUGAAUUUACCAAUCCUGAAACAUCUUAAAAAGCUAGAAAUCCUAGGGUGGGACACUGAGGUGCAAAUGGCGCCAAAUACCAUAUCCAGUAUGACCAGUCUACAGGAAUUGCAUAUACAAUCUGGAUACAAGAUUGGAGAUGGUGUUUCGGCACCAAUAUUGGGGGAGAUUAGUAAGUUGACCGCUCUGAAAAGUUUGCAGAUUUUCUUUUUGAGCAAUUCCGAGCAUUUUCAAGAUACAAAUAUAUUUGCUAAUUUACUUCAAUAUAAUAUACGUGUUGGUGCAAACUGGCUUAGAACUAAAUCUCGGAUUUCUGUCAAUAGAUUUAUUGAGCUGCAAGGCAGUGGUUUGGAAGGCUUAGAAGGCCUGAUUGAGAGGGCUGAAUAUGUGUUAUUGGAUUGCACCGAUAUUGAUGUGGGUAGCAUAUACAACAGCAACAGGGAAGCAUUUACGGAUCUAAAAGACUUGUACAUCGAAAAUUGUAACACUAUUGAGUAUGUAGCAAGGAUAUCAUGCGGUGAGAUUCAACAUUUGAAGUCGUUCUCUAAUCUUGGCCUCUUAGAAAUUAAAGAUUGUUCCGCAUUGAAAUACCUCUUCAGCAACUCUGUUGCAAAAUGUCUCGUGCACCUGCAGAAGUUAGCCAUUGUAAAUUGUCCUAUGAUGGAAGCAAUCGUAAUGAAUGAAGGCACAAGUGACAGAGAUGAUGACAUCAUCAACUUCUGCAAACUGCAAUGGUUAAAAAUAGACAAUGUACCGAGACUCAAAAGCUUCUGCAUUCAAAAUAAAGAUAUGCACUCCAGAUCAACAACACACAACUCCGCUAUCUCCAGCAGUCAAGCCCAACCUCUAUUUGAUAAAAAGGCUGCAUUCCCUUCCUUGGAGGAAUUAACCCUGGUGGAUUUAAGUAUAGAUAUUUGGGGAUAUAGUGGAUAUGACAAUGUCGCAUCCACCUUUCACAAAUUAAAGAGAAUCCGCUUAGAUCGGUGCGAGAAACUGGAAAGAGUGAUACCGCUUGUCAUGUCGAAUAACCUUAGGAAUCUGGAAUCUUUGAAAAUUUCAGAUUGCCCGAGCUUGAAAAACGUGUUCCAACAUUCUUCUGUGGUCAGAGAUCUUAUCAACCUUGAGGUGUUGCACAUAUCAAAUUGUAAAAUGAUGAGAGUGAUAAUUGAUGGGAAAGAAGAAGGGGAGGAGGAAGCAAGAGAAGAGGAAGAGGAGGAAGCAAGAGAAGAAAUUACUAAUGAUAAAGAUGUUACCAUAGUCGUCUUCCCCAAAUUAUCUAUUCUACGUUUAGAAGAUUUGCUAUGUUUGACCAGCUUUCACUGGAGUGGGGAAGCCAAUCAUUCAAAGAUUCAAUUUCCAAACUUGGUGGUUCUUCAACUCAAACAAUGUGGGCGAAUUAAAUAUGAUAUGAUGGAGUUAGGCGGAGAUGAUUCCAAUUGUAAAUUAAGGAUAGUAGAAAUGACUUGUCAUCCAAAGAUACAAUUAUCAAGUAGAUGGCAUUCCAGAUUAUAUAAUGUUGAAAGUUUGACAUUGAUACACUAUCACUGGUGGCCGCAGCUGAAAUUACAAUGCUUCCAGAGAUUAAAGGUGCUUAAAGUCAAAAAAUCUGGAUGCUCUUCUCUUUUCUCAUUCUCAGCCUUUGAAAGUCUACAACAACUCCAAGAAUUAGAGAUAUCCGAAUGUGUUUCACUGGAAGAAAUUGUGGAGGAUUUAAGGAGUGGAGAACAUUGUGGCGCGGAUAAGAGGAUUGUGGCACUCUUCCGGCUCAAAUCAGUUUCUCUCAUAGAUUUGCCAAAACUCAAAAGUUUUGGUAACAGUCCAAGCUAUGCCUUGAAUAUGCCUCAAUUAUGCAGGUUUUAUGUAGAAAGGUGUCCCCGGAUAGAAUAUUUCACUUCUUUGAAAACAACCACAUCGCUGCAAACUGCUUAUAGUGACCGGUACCGGUACUGGGAGGAGAGAUUUCCAGACCUGAACAACUACUUAGAAAAUUGCAAAUGGGAAUAUGAAUCAAGUACCAGUGCUUCGGAAGUGAGCAAUAGUUAUCAAGAAUCAGAAACAGAUCCAGAGUGGGUUGGCGAGCAUGGUGAAGUGAGCAAUAGUGAUCAAGUAUCAGAAACAGAUCCAGAGCGGGUUGGCGAGGAGCAGCUUCAGGAGACAGAGGAGAAUGCUUAACGGUAACAAAGGAGUCAAGAGCACAUGGGUUUUCCGGUUGUUCUCCAUUAAUGUAAUAAUAUCCCCCAGGUUUUUAUCGGUUCUUUGAGAAGUGCUUAGAAGAUCUUAUUCAUCAUAAUGAAAAUAUUCAUGCCAUAUCGUGAAUAGAUUUGUCA